AUGGCAAUGGCAAACUUCCCCUCUGCGUGUCUCUAUAAUCCUGUUGAAUUGGAAGCAGGAAUAUCGCUAGUAACUAUGAAGAUAAUGAGCCCGCAUGUGGUACCAUGUACUGCAUCUCUCUAUUUUGAGAACGCAGACUUUCUCCCCAUCACGUAUGACUUCAAACCAAUCGCAUGUUCGGGUCCAGAACUAGUUAGCUUUCCAGUACCACUCAAUGCACCAAAUGGGGAAUCAUACGUCUCUUGGCAGUGUGCAGGUGAAUCACCAACAUGCAUUCGUACACUGAUCACUGGUGGCCAGUCGGAUGCUGACCUUGACAUUGGUCCUCUGAACUUUGUUUGCGAAGAAGGCUCGAUCGACAGUGCCACUUCACAGUUAUACCCAAGCGCCGCAAGGUUGGAUAUGCCUACGUUUGUUCUGUCCACAGCUGUUGUAACCGAGACGAUCACGGCGGCUACAGAGGAGCCAGACACCCGCAAAGUCCAUGUGGUCACAUUGACUGACACAGUCGUAGUCGAGAAGACACACAUCCCGCCUUUACUCCCGGACUUAUCACAUCUCUACCCAACCUUUACACCUAGCCCCCUUACUCCAACUACAUGUCAAACCUCCACUCCAACCCCAUUAAAGAUUAGUAUUGGAACAGUAGGUACUGGUGGUCUCCCCAAGGCAACAAUGGCUCAUUCCAAAAUGAGUCUUGUAGAGGUGACGAGCGCGGCCAGUCAUCAUGCUAGCCGCUUCAUCCCGUCUUUUGCAGCUUGCUUGCUUUUAGUGGUAUACCUUGGCUAUUGA